UCAAAGUCUAGUCUAACCGAAAAAUAUCCAUUAGCUCCCAAACGAUAAGUGUUUUAUUACUCUUAAUGCAGACUGUCAACAGUUGCAACCCAUUCGUUUCAUAGCUCCGAGACUUGCCCACUGCUGUCUCCUAAUUACUUUUUUGGGAGAGAAGUGCAACAGCAUCAAUCCGGAGACUUUGGUUGAUUGACAGACAUCUUUCUAGUGCCAUGAUUCCACCGGGGGACUGUUUGUAUGCCGGGAGGAAGAGAAGAAAGCCUAUUCAGAAACAGAAGCCAGCCUCGGCCACCCAGAAGUCCAACCCGUCCAAACGGCACCGGGACCGCCUGAACGCGGAGCUAGACCGCCUGGCUAGCAUGCUGCCCUUCACCCCGGACGUCAUCUCCAAACUGGACAAGCUGUCCGUGCUGCGCCUCAGCGUCAGCUACCUGCGCGUCAAGAGCUUCUUCCACGCUAUCCAGGACAAGCCAUCUGGCAGCAAGCUCAACAGCGAGCCCCACAGCUCCUCCACGGCCGAGCCCAGGAAGGAAGCCUUCCCAGCGGGCUCCACGGUGGUGGAGAGUGACCUCUUUCUGGAGUCCCUGACCGGGUUUGCUUUGAUCGUGAGCUCAGAUGGGAUGAUCUUCUACGCCUCCUCAUCUAUCGUGGAUUAUUUGGGCUUUCACCAGACGGACGUGAUGCACCAGAACGUGUUUGAUUAUAUCCAUGUGGACGAGCGGGCGGAGUUCCGAAGACAGCUCCACUGGGCCAUGAACCCGGCACAGCAGGAGCACCACACAGCCUCGGGAACUGGUGAGGACUUCAUGGUGGGCAGCCUGUUUAAUGCCCAGGAGGCGGACGGCGUGCCCCCAGAGCUCUCCCCGUUCCUCACACGCUGCUUCAUCUCUAGACUCCGAUGCCUUCUCGACAGCACCUCCGGCUUCCUGAGUAUGCAGUUCCAGGGCAGUCUGAAGUUUCUGCAGGGCCAGAAGAGGAGGACUGACUCUGGGGCGCUGCUGCCUCCGCAGCUGGCCCUGUUCUGCGUGGCCGUACCCCUCGUGCUGCCCUCCAUCACCGAGCUCAAGAUGAAGACCGCCAUGGUGAAGACCAAGACUAAGGGCAACUGUGAGAAGAAGCAGCGCAUGUCGCGGUCGGACGGUGGGGACCUGCUGCUCCUCAACUGGCCGAGCAGCAGCUCCGCGAGCCACAGCCCCUGGCGUGCCCUCUCCAAGGAGGCGCUCAAGUACAAGGCCGACGGCGGCGCCGGCUACCUCUCCGCACAGGACGAGCCCCUCAACUUCUGCUUGACCUCGCUCGGCAGUGUUGGCGUGCCCAAGCCCCAGCAGCACGUGGUGGACAACCCCUGGGGUGCCGGUUACAUUCCGGGCAAGCUGGGCAAGUAUGGGCACCCCCACGCGGCACACGCGCACCACAAGGUGGGAGGGGCGUUCCGCUUGGCAUCCGGCUUCCCCGCCCAUGCUGCCGGUGUGCACAGCCAGAGGGGCGAGCCGCUGCACACCAAGCUUUACGAGAACCUGCACCACGUCGCCCCACCUGGCAUGGAGGGGUACUGCGGGGAGGCGGGCAAGUUGGUGCAGGACGGGCGCUACGGCAGUGGCAUGCUGAACGGCGGGGAGUGCUACAAUGGCAUGAUGGUGUCGGAGACCGCCAUCAAGACUGAACAGGACUCGGACUCGGAGAACGGCUGCCACGCGUACAGCGUUGUUCAGCAGCAGGGUAACGGCGCCUGGCCGGGUAGCGAGAGACGGUACGGGGUCGGAGUCGGAGCAGAGUACCCUCCCGAGGGGCCGGCCGUGAAGAACGAAGCCGACUUCUACGAGCACUACACCCCGUGUACGCGUGGCAAGAAUGGCAUGAGCCCGCCCCUCAACGGGCACCACAAGUACCUGUAUGCCAACGGCGGCAACGGUGUCAGCGCCAGUGCCAAGGCCCUGAAGUGCAUGCUGAACAAGGACGCGGCGUUGGACCCACUGAUGGUGAGCCCUGAUGCCAACGGCAUUUCAGACCACGGGCACCUGUAUCCGAAUGGCAUGGCGGACCACAAGGCCUACAUGCAGCAGGACUACAAGCUGUACGAGUUCAGGGGUCGCGGCCUGGUGCACGCCAUCAAGCGCGAGCCCAUGGACUCCCCGCCGUGGUCCGAGGGCAACCACGACCUGAGCCAAAUACACAUGCAGAGGAACCUUGUGGCUAACUGCACGAUGAACGGCCUCGUACACAAGGCCAACCCCUACGUAUACAUGCAGUAACUUCAGACCCACAACGUCUCUCACCUCUGUUUAUGUGCAGCGAAUUUCUUUCUAUCUUCAAGGACAUUGAAAUAAAAAAUACAAACAAAACAGUCUCAGGAUUACCUCAGUUCACACAGAGAGGAUGUUUUCCUCUUUUUUUAAAAGUGGGUAGAUUUUUUUUUGAAGAGGCACUUUUUACAUGUUUUAGCAAUAUUUUAAACAGUGUAUUUUGUGUGGUUAAAUGUACCUUUUGAACAUUACCUCAGAAGCUGUGUAAAAGUUGUAAAAGAGCGAUACUAAUGAGAAUGGGUCUCUCUUCAGUGUUUCAAAAGUGUCCCUGUUUAAAUAUCUGUUUUAUUGUGAAGGCAUUCGUAUAUUUUGUAACAUUGCUGAAAAAGUGGAUCGAGUAGUGUGGGUGUGUGUCAGACAUCACAGGAGUUUCAGACAUCACAGGAGUAGGCCUAGCUUUUAAGGUGGAUUUACAACUUUACAACUACGCAGAUAUCAAUGAAGCUCUGCGUCAGUAUUUGUUUUUAGCUUUCUUGACUGCCAUUUCCA